AUGGAUUGGGUGUUGAUAUCAGGUGGCGUGAUUGGGUGGGGAGCGACUAAGCUAGUUGCUGGCCGGUUUGCAGUCAGUGAAGAGAAUAAAAUGAACAGUUCUCAGAGUUUGAACUGCUUUCAGGAAUUUAUUGAAAUCUAUGAUGGACCCCUGUAUGCAUCCCCCUUACUUGGGAGAAUCUGUAAUGGGUCAAAUCUCAGCUAUGUAUCAUCUUCAAACACACUGACAGUUCUAUUACACAGAGACUCCUAUAACUCGGAAUAUGGGUUUUCUGCUUAUUAUAACUCUAUGUUCCCAGCAAUAAAUGGCUCGUGUGGUGGCUACCUUUCCACAGCUUCUGGAUCAUUCUCUAGUCCAUUCUUUCCUGGAAACUAUCCAAUGAAUGUAAAAUGCAUCUGGAGAAUAGAAGUCAAGAACAAUUAUUAUAUCAGACUCAUCUUUAAGCAUCUUGAGCUAGAAUUUUCAUAUAAUUGUGCUUAUGACUUUGUUGAAGUCUAUGAUGGUCCUCUGAAUACAUCUCCUCUACUUGGGAGGAUUUGUGAUGGUUCAAAUUACACAUUUACAUCAUCUUCAAAUACAAUGACUGUUCUGUUUUCAAGUGACUUUAGUUAUACAAGAAGUGGAUUCAGUGCUUACUAUGAUUCGUUUCCAGAAAAGAACAAUGAUACAGCACUGUCAUGUUCUGGACAAUAUAUGCGUGCAGUCAUUAACAGAACCUAUCUGCAGUCAUUGGGCUACAAUGCUUGGGAUGUUUAUCUGAAUGACUCAUCCUGUGGGCCACAACAGAUCACGGAAACCUAUGUUAUAUUCAACAUACCUUUUAAUGGAUGUGGUACAAUAAGACAGGUGAAAAAUAACACUAUCACCUAUUCCAAUGUAAUCAGAACAUCUCCUUCUGGUUAUAUUAUCACAAGGGAAAACGACUUUCAGUUUCACAUUACCUGCAAAAUGAACCAGGACACAAUGGUAGAAAUAAUGUACGUUGCCAAAGGUGCUAUUGACAUACGUGAAACCCAGCAUGGCAGAUAUGACGUGAAUAUUUCAUUUUAUGAAUCAUCAAAUUUCUCAAAUCCAGUUUACAAUUCCCCAUACUAUGUUGACUUAAACCAGGAUUUAUUCCUUCAAGCCACUCUCUACAGUUCCGAUUCCAACCUGGUGAUGUUUGCAGACACGUGCACGGCAUCUCCAUAUUCUGAUGACUUCACAAACCUGACUUAUGUUUUAAUCAGGAAUGGAUGUGUAAGAGAUUCCACCUACAGCUCAUACUAUUCACCAAUGGGAUACGUGGUUCGUUUCAAAUUCAAUGCCUUCAAGUUUCUCAACAGACAUGCUGCCAUUUACUUGCAGUGCAAGAUAGUUGUAUGCAGGGCAUAUGAUUAUUCUUCUCGAUGCUAUCAGGGAUGUUUAGUGAGGCGCAAGAGGGAUACAAGUCCUUACCAGGAAAAAAUAGAUGUUGUUGUGGGGCCAGUCCAGCGUAAAAAAGAAACCAAUGAGGACAGAAAAUCUGAUCCACACAAGAGAGAGUUUCUGGAAAAAGACGAUGUACACAGCCCAUUUGUUCUUGCCACUCUGCUCUUGGCAGGAGUUGUUUUGGUUCUCACUGGGGCCCUUUUGAGAAGUAAACUGAGGAGAAGAACUGAGUGUCAAGUGCUAUAA